AUGCUCCCCUUCCUCCCUCCCCCCUCAUGUCUGCGAUCAUUCUCUCGCACCCUCUCCCGCCAUGCUCGUCUCUCCGCCCUCAAUUCCACCCCUCGUCGAUAUAACUCCUCCUUUCCGUCCGACCACUUCGCCCAGCUAGCCAGUCGCCAAUCCGCUCGGCAUCAAAUCUACCAAUCCUCUUCCACAGAUCCCUACGUGAACCUCUCCACUGAACAUUUCCUGCUCGAGAACGCGCCCGCGGACUCGAGCAUCCUCUUCCUCUAUAUCAACCGCCCGUGUGUCGUGAUCGGCCGCAACCAGAAUCCAUGGCUAGAGACCAAUCUACAUGCCCUGCACAAUGAUCGGGUGCAGCGCGAUCCCGGCGACUCCAACGGCAGCGAUGUGAUGUAUGUGCGACGGCGAUCCGGAGGAGGUGCAGUAUAUCAUGACGAAGGCAAUCUGAACUAUAGCGUCAUUUCGCCGCGGACGACGUUCACGCGAAACAAGCAUGCGGAGAUGGUGGUGCGGGCACUCCAUCGCGUGGGGGCCAUUAACACCAGCGUCAACGACCGCCAUGACAUUGUCCUGUCAUCCGGGGAAAACCAGCCCCGGAAGAUCUCCGGGUCGGCUUUCAAAUUGACGCGACAACGUGCGCUUCAUCAUGGGACCUGUUUGUUGGAUACCCCGAACAUCGACCGGCUGGGCGUCUUUUUGCGAUCGGGCGCGCGGGAUUAUAUCAAGGCCAAGGGUGUCGAUAGUGUGCGGUCCCCCGUGGCCAAUGUCUCUUCGAUGUUUGCCGACGCGUUGAUCCCGUUCUCAGUCCAAAAUAUCAUCACCAGCGUCAUGAAGGAAUUUGCAGCCCUUUACGAGGUCAACCCGGACGCCCUGCGCCGUGCGCAGCGGGCCCACGCCCACGAUCCGGAACUAUAUGCGGGAGAGGACUGGGUCGCAGGAGCUGUGGGAGAGUCCCAGGGCUACGGGGAACCCAAGAUCAAAUCCGGAAUUGACGAGCUCAAGUCAUUGGAGUGGAAAUACACCCAAACGCCCCAAUUCACCUUUUCUACUUACCCUAUUGAGGAGGAUCCUCGGGAGAGGCCAGCGCUGCCAGUCUCUUUGCCGCCGGCGACGCGUGCAUUCCUUCGCCUGAAACACGGCGCUAUCAUUGAAAGCUGCAUCUCGACCGUGUCAGAUCCCACGAUGGCUGAUCAACAGGCAAGCCGUGUGCAUGAGGCCUUGAACGGCCGGAAGCUUCACGAGAUCCAGCAGACACACUGGGAUGAGAUUUUACUAGAUCGCUUGAGCCCUGAAGUGGACGCAGUCACCGUCAAAGAGCUAUACCUGCUUGAUGAGUCUCAUGUCCUCGUCGAUGUUCGGCAGUUGGUGAUGGUCAUGAUUAAACAUCUGAGGGAACCUGCUUUAAUCAAGGACGAGCGAUGGAUCCGGUCGAGACAAACGAAUCAAUUAACGAGGACCCUUGGAGUCACCAUCUACCAGGCAGGCACCAACCUGGUUCAAUCAUGGCUAUACGGUGCGAAAUACGAGCUCUUUAAAUCCGGAAUCUCUGCAGGAGCCCGGUUGGUGAAGGUUGCGGAGUCACAAAUAUCCUCCAUCAUGGCUCUAUCUAUCUCUCAGGUUUCCUUUGAGCAUCAUCGCACAGCCCUCGGGAUCGCCGAGUCAGCUCCUCGGAUCUCUUGGCGGUUUCAAGGGAACGUGUCCGACUGGGAGCAGAGUGCCUAUGACUUGGAAAUCAAGCGUAGAGGGCAGGAGCCUGAUACCUUCCAUUUCGACUCCUCCGACUCUGUCUUGGUCCCUUGGCCCAGUUCUCCAUUGAAAUCCGGCGAGGAGGCUACUGUGCGCGUGCGAUCUUCUGGGCAGGACGACCAGCCUAACACAGCUUGGUCUCAUUCCUUUACUGUUGAGCCAGGUCUUCUCAGUCCCGAAGACUGGCAGGAUGCUGCAGCCAUCGUGUCCGAUCGACCUACGGAAGUCAACCAAACCCACCGGCCGAUCUUGUUCCGAAAGGACUUCAAGCUGGAUGAAUCAAUAGAUUCUGCUCGGUUAUAUAUCACGGCUCUGGGCUUGUACGAAGCCCAAAUCAACGGAAAGCGGGUGGGAGACCACGUCCUGGCCCCCGGUUGGCAAACCUACACCAGUCGCCAUGAGUACAAUACCUAUGACGUCACCGAGCAUUUGCGACACGGGGCAAACACAAUCGGAGUCACUGUCGGAGAAGGCUGGUAUGCCGGUCGCUUGGGGUUCAGUGGAGGACACCGUAAUAUCUAUGGCGAUACCCUGGGAGUGCUAUGCUUGCUAGUCGUUACCAAAGCGGAUGGCAGUAAGGAGUAUAUCCGCAGUGACCAGACUUGGAAAUCAGGAACCGGCCCCAUUAUCACUUCUGAAAUCUAUGACGGUGAAAGAUAUGAUUCGAGAUUGGAGCGCAGUGGAUGGUCUAGUCCCGGCUCCAAUAGUACCGGCUGGCGUGGGGUCCACGAGGUUUCAUUUGACAAGGGCAAAUUGGCCUCACCAGAUGCUCCCCCGGUUCGACGAGUCGACGAGCACAAACUCGUCAACGUUUUCAAGAGCGCCUCGGGCAAGAUGGUCCUGGACUUUGGCCAAAAUCUGGUGGGAUGGUUGCGGGUCCGGGUCAAAGGACCGAGCGGGCAAACAAUCAAGUUUGUGCAUACAGAAGUCAUGGAAGAUGGGGAGGUAGCAACUCGUCCGUUACGAGAUGCGAAAGCCACCGAUCACCUCAUUCUCUCAGGCGAAGGAGUGCAGGAAUGGGAACCGUCGUUCACCUUCCAUGGCUUCCGCUACGUUGAGGUGGACGGUUGGCCGACCGACACCACUCCUAUAAAUGAAGACUCCAUUACGGCUAUUGUCGUGCAUACGGAUAUGGAGCGAACCGGACAUUUCGAGUGUUCGAAUCCACUCAUCAACAAACUUCAUCAAAACAUCGUCUGGGGCAUGAGAGGGAACUUCCUGAGUAUCCCGACGGACUGUCCUCAGCGUGAUGAGAGACUCGGCUGGACCGGUGACAUUCACGCCUUUGCUCGCACUGCAAACUUCCUGUAUGACACGGCUGGCUUCCUCCGGGGCUGGCUGAAGGACGUCCACUCGGAACAAAAGAAUAACUCGGACAUUGUGCCCUUUGUCGUUCCCAACAUUCUCGGGGCGGCAACGCCGACCUCCAUCUGGGGCGAUAGCAUUGUCACCGUCCCCUGGGAUCUCUUCCAAGCCUUUGGGGAUAAGAUCAUGCUCGGCGAGCAAUACCAGGCAGCCAAAGACUGGGUCGACAAAGGCAUCUCCCGAAAUGACGUGGGACUCUGGAAUCGCUCAACCUUCCAGUUUGCGGACUGGCUUGAUCCCAAAGCGCCCGCUGACAGUCCCGGAGAUGCCACCACAGACAAGUUCCUAGUAUCCGACGCAUACCUGCUACAUAGCACGGAGCUCCUUGCCAACAUCUCCUCCGCUCUUUCAUUUGCCGACAAUGCCUCGACAUACUCCGAGCAGCAUACUAAACUCACCAAGGAAUUCCAAAAAGCGUGGAUUUCCUCGAGUGGGGUCAUGGAGAACGAAACGCAGACGGGUCUCGCCUUGCCCCUUUUCUUCGAACUCUUUUCUAGCCCCGAGCACUAUGAUUCUGGCCUUGAGCGCCUGGUGAACAUCAUUCAGAAGAACGACUAUAAAGUUGGAACUGGGUUUGCCGGAACGCAUCUACUCGGUCAUGCAUUGUCGAAAUACGGUGCGUCGGAUACUUUCUAUCAGAUGUUGCUGCAGAAGGAAACCCCCUCGUGGCUCUAUCAGGUCGUGAUGAAUGCCACGACCACCUGGGAACGUUGGGACAGCAUGCUGCCUAACGGCACCGUCAACCCCGGCGAGAUGACCUCAUUCAACCAUUAUGCCGUUGGUUCCGUUGCCAGUUGGAUCCAUUCGAUCAUCGGAGGUCUCAACCCUGCCGAACCGGGGUACAAGAAGAUCAAUAUCGAGCCAGUUCCCGGUGGUGAGCUGCGCAGAGCGUCCGCCAGAUUGCAGACGCCGUACGGCCUGGCCUCCACCAAGUGGUGGUUGGAUGAUCGUCCGGGGCAAAACUGCAACGGAAGCGAUUUCCAUCUGGUGGCACAAGUUCCACCCAACACACGAGCCACCGUCGUGCUCCCGGGGUCGAAUGGCAAAAAGAAGGAGGGUGUGGAAGUCGGGUCGGGCACUCAUCGCUACCAGGUCAAAUGUCUCCAGGUCAAUUGA